UACACUUCACUGAGGAGCAAGAAGACUGUAGUAUGCAUCAGCUUCUGGGAGACUCAGCAUGAGACGACUAACAACGUGAUCCAUCAACUUGGAAACAUUUCCACGGGGCAGGUAUAGUAACAUAGUACUAAAAGGUGAGAAAACUAGAUCAGAACAAAGUCACACAGCAGCGAUGGAUCCUGAGAGGAAGCAGAGUUCUUCUCCGUCCCUUUCUAUGAUGACUGACCAAUCCAAAGAGGACGUUGUGAACUUCACUGUGGAUGAAAGGAAUUCUCAGAGCUCUGUGGUGGACGAAAUGAAAAUGAGGCCCUCAAACCCAUCGGCUCCAUCUCUAAAGAGCUACAGGUCUAGAUCCCCUCCACCAGAUUUCAGUAAUGCCAUUCCAUCUGUAAGCAUUCUCUCUGUUGGUGAGAUGCAGUCAAAACCAGAGGAAAAUAACUUCACACUUCCACCACUGAUUGAAGACUGGACUAAGGAUCAAGUGAAAGACUGGCUGGUCAACAAACUGAGAGUGUCAAAAGAACUUUCCCAAAAACUUUAUGACCAGGAGCUUUCUGGAGCUUGCCUGGCCUCUUAUGAAAAAGAAGACUUGCUUGAACUAGGUGUUCCACCAGCACCAGCAAUACAAAUCUUAAGACAGAUUAAGAAGUUUAAGAAGCAAUCAGAAGCAUUUGCACCAGCCACUCCAGCACCAGAGAGAGAACUCAACCAAAGGGACAAUGCAGAGAUGUCACAAGAGCUGGAUGAAUCAGCAGAAAAUGAGACGGUGUCAUCAGAUUCAGGAAUCCAAAGUCUAAGCUCUUCAGUUUGGAUGCUACAGAUGGCAAGAGACAGAAUAAGAGCUGUGAUAAAUCAGAAUACAGCUGAAAGACAAUUUGUUAUUCAUACUCCUGACAACUUAGAAGCUCCACAACGACAGAGGCCAGUAUGUCAGAUUCGGCCCUUUGAUAAAAGUAACUCUUCAAUCUUCUACAAGGAAAAUGACAUUCUUCCACCAAUGGCAGGUCCAAGUAAUCUCAUUGAGCCUGUUCAUGAGUACCACCUCCUGCCAAAUGUAAAUGAAGCAAGUGAAAGGGAGAUCCUUUAUGAAUUCACUAGAGAAGUAUUUAGUUUUGCUGCCAGCUGCAUGAAUUCACGAACCAAUGGAACAAUACAUUUUGGAGUCAAUGUACAACAAGCGCAACAACAUGGUCAAGUAGUUGGGCAAACGAUCACUUCUCUCAACAAGUACAAUGAGGCAUUUGAAUCAUCUCUGGGGGACUUUUUUGAAGAAAAGUAUGUGAAUGUUGCCCGAUUGUGUAUCAGGCCACCAAACUUUAUACAAGUUCUCCAUGAAAAUGGAACAGCUUCAGAUAAGUGGGUGAUCGAGGUUGAUGUGGUUCCAGCGAUUUCACAGACACAGGAUUAUCUUUUCUAUACUGAACUGGGCAUUACAUCAGCUGGGGAAAAACAUCAGUGCAAAACUCUGUGCCUAUUUGUUAGGGAAGGUCCACGGUCAGUCAACAUUUUCGCAGAUACUAAUCCACGAGUUGGUCAAGAGAAACUGAAAGAUCUGACUGAAAAAGUCAAGAACUUGGUGUCAGUACGCAAGGCAGCAGAGGAAAACAAAGAAAGAUGUUUCCCACAAAGCUACCAGGGACAAAGGUUAAAGCAGCUGAUGACACGUGGAAGACACGUUCUUGAGAGUUCCCUGCAGGUUAUUGUAGUUACUGACAAAUGUCACCCAGACCAGCUUGAGCAUAUGGACUUUCUAAAAGAAAUAUCUCUGUUUGCUGUACUAGAGUUUGACCCAGAGUCUGAUUUAAAUGGAACAUGCCAUUUUUACAGAAUAGAUCGUAUUGCUAAUCUGCACUUCCCACAUAUGUACACCGCUCAGGAUAGUUUACCCACACUCAUUGGAAAGCUUAACUUGUUUAAGCAAACAAGUUGGAUUUUCUGCAAUGGCAGAUUGAAUGAGGAGAGUGAAGAAGACAUGCCACUAACACCCAGUGAAUGGCUCAAGAGACGUUCAGGAGACAUCAGCAAAAUGAUUGGUUUUCUUUGCAGUCCAGAUAUAAUUUCAAAGGACAAACUUCUGGUCACCUUUGUUCUUCAUUCAGCUGUCACUGAUAUGUCGCACCCUAUUUUGGAAACAUUCUGUGCCAUCUAUCGCACCCUGGAGGGGGCUGACAACAUGGUGUGCAUCUGCAGAGAUUCUGGAGUAUUCAGUGACUGGAAGAAGCUGAUAGAGUCACGUUGUAAGGAAGACAUCUCCAGUAAAUGCAUCUAUGAACUGAGCCUGAAUGAAAUAUCCAGUACAGUAAAACAACUCAAAGAGCCCCAAACACAGUCUUCCCAGAGAUAUCUGCCAUCCACAGGCUCAAGCUCAGUGCUGUUGACAAAAAAAGCUGAUGAACUUUUCACAGUUUUGGACAUUUUGAGUGAAAAUGAGUGUGAAAACACAGAAAUUGAAAAGUCAGAUUCCUUUGAUGAGUUUAAUAAGAAAGUAGAGGAGAACUUUUAUAGAGGGGGUCAAGUAAGAUGGUGGAACUUUCAUCUCUCUGAACAGAGAGGCAGUCUGCCGUUCAUCAAGAGAGACAAAUACAAUGAGUUGUAUGACCUGAUCACACCUGUCGAAGGUUACAGAUCUUCAUGUGUCAUGAUCAACCUCUUCCAUCCCCCAGGAUGUGGGGGAACAACCCUUGCAAUGCAUGUUCUUUGGAACUUAAGGAGGAAAUUCAGAUGCGCAGUUGUGAAAAACAACAGGGCAACAAAUAACGAGAUUGCAGCUCAAGUCAUAAACCUGCUCACAUAUGGAAAACAAGAUCAGCCAGGAUACACACCUGUCCUCCUCUUAGUGGACAACUGGGAGGAUGUUGAGGACCUUAAGCAGUGCAUUGUUCAUGUUUCUGGAGAAAGGACACAGCAGAACACAUUCAUGGUUAUCAUACUGAACUGUGAGAGAACACAGUUUCCUGAUGAGAGUUCCAGAAGUAGUUAUGUUCCCAACAUAUUCAUAACCAACAAGUUGUCAACCAAAGAGCAGGGAUUGUUUUCUGAGAAACUUCAGCAGCUGAAAACUUACCAUGAAAAGCCUGAAACCUUUUAUGCUUUUAUGAUCAUGACAAAUAAUUUCAGCGAGGCUUACAUCACAAACAUUGUGAGCAACAGUCUUAAAGCUCUUGAUGCAACCAGUCGACAAGGGAGGCUCCUCUCCUUUCUGGCUUUGUUGAACACUUUUGUGAAUGGAUCCUACAUGUCACUCUCUUUGUGUGAAGAGUUACUUGGUAUAAGGAAUUCCCUUUGGAAACAAGAAACAAUUGAUGAUUCAAUGACUCCAUAUUCCACGCUGCUUAUAACAUUCAGUGUUGAAGAACACGGCUUCUAUCAAGCGGUCCGGUUCUUACACCCAAUGAUAGCCAGCAACUGUCUACAGAUCCUUGAACAAAAACACAAACUAUCCUUGGCAGAAGUAACUAUUAACAUUUUACACUGUGAAAAAGUCUAUAAAUCCUACAUGGGAAAGGAUUUCCUGGUUCAGAACAUUCAAAGCAUGCUCAUUUCCCGACACAGGAAAGAACAAGGGGAUGACAAAGACACACAGUUUUCUCCUUUAAUUGAAAAAAUACAUGACAAGGAAGGACCAGAAAAAGUCAAAGAGCUUUUUGAGAAAGCCAUAGGAAGGUUUGACAGAAGUGCAACUCUGCCACAGGCACUGGCAAGAUAUUUCUGUCUGAGAGAAAAAGACUUCCAGGCUGCCCUAAAAUGGGCUUUAGAUGCACGAAGUAAAAAUUCUAAUUCCUACAUUGCAGACACAGUAGGACAAGUUUACAAGAGCCAACUCAAAAAGAAAAUUGAAGAUUCAGAGCCUCUCACUGCUGAAGCUCUUAAUGAAUGUUUGAUACUGGGCUCCAAAGCUGCAAAAGCCUUCCAAGAGUCACAGGAGCUGGCCAAGAAAGAUGAAACUAUAGACCCAUUUGAUCUUCACAACAGAAAGAGGCCAAAGUCCUACAACACAUCAGGUUAUGUUGGAGAGACAGAAGUUAUGAUGAUCCUUCUUGACCUCAUCAAAGAACUUCCUCUUUCUCAGAGCAGAGACAGAUAUCAAACAGAUAUACUAUUACAGAUUCUCAAAGGCCACCACACAAUAAGAGAUUUUCAUUUUGAUCACAGCAACGCUGCCACUGCCCAGUUUGUGGAUGUCCUGGCAUACCAUGAGAGAUUUUUGAUCUCUUUGAAGCCAAGGUUGAAGGAAAUUUUCAGCUUUUUUGAGAACUAUUUCACAUAUCUGAGACCUAGGUCACAGGAAAGGGUAACUGCUGAUGAUAGAAACAAAAAAAAGUUAUCAGAGCAUUUCAAACAAUACCUGAAAAUAUUCAGUAGUUCAGAGCAAGAGAAAGCAUCUGAAAAAGCCAGAAACCCAAAUCUGAGUCUACUCCAGGAGAUACAGGACCAGAGGUUUUACCUGGAAACAAAGCGAGCAGACUCAUUUGCUGGACUGUUGCAGUGCUUGAGUGAUAAAAGUGGUGCAGAGAUGGAACGUAUCUUCAAAAAGUGGAAGUUUAUCUUUGAGAAAUCACCUAAACGAUCAGUGUCAGACACAGUCAACUUCAUCUUGAUAAACAUAGUGAUGCACAGCAUCAAGCCAUCUUCAAAGGAACUAAAAAAAUAUGAGGAGUUGGUUGACCUUCUGAAUGAGGAACUACAAAAAGAGGGUACUCACUCAAAUUCAACAGAGAUGUACUACCUGUCCAUGCUACUCAUGUGGCCUACUAAGGAUAGAAAACUGGAAAGUUUGUCAACAUACAAAGAUAUCGCCACAUAUUUCAGAUCAGCCAAGAAAUCAUUUCACAGACGUUUUUCUCACAUGUUCCCAGUCCGUACUGCCGUUGCUCAUUUCUUUCUUGGCAAAUCUACUAGACUGAACAGGAUAGUUUCUAAAGUGGUGCUUGAUCAGAUUUUAAGGGAAAGGUCUUGCAGUGAUCAGAGUGGCCAGUCUUGUACACUGAACCAUCUUUGGCAGAGCGGAGCUGCUUGGAAUCAACCACAGGUAAAAAAAGAGCUGUUAAGAGUGAAAGGAAUUUCUGAAAGUGGAGAAAUAUCCGUGAAUUAUGGAGGCAACCUAAAAAUUCCUGUCCGCCCAGCGUAUCUGGGAGACAUCCGCAGCGGAUGCAGUCGGGAGCAAAUAUCCUUCUAUCUUGGAUUCACAAUGGAAGGUCCUGUAGCCUACAACAUUAAAUAUCUCACUGCUCAGUAAAGAAGUAAUCAGUACCAUUAUAAUACAAUUUACAAAAACACUGCAAGAACUCCAGAAAGUGGUAAAACGUCUUCAACUAGAAUGUACAAAGACAAAAACAUUGAAGACUUACUAGAAAUAAUAAUUUGAUUACGAUUUCUUUUGCAAACCAUUUGUAAUAAAUGUACAAACUUUAUCCAAAGUUAAGAUUUUUUUUAUUAUUAUUAUUUUUUGCCAGAUGUUCUACGCUCUGAGAUUUUAGAUUCUUUGAGUUAGUUUUUUUAAAGAUUUCUGGGCUGUAUGCCUAUUUAAAAAAAAAAAAAAAGUCAAAACUGAACAAAUGGAUUGUUGUGCUUCUGUUUAUGAUUGUUAUGGAACAAUCUGUCUAAAGGAUCAAAGGAAGUAGAUCUAUUUUUACUUUUAAGAAAACAAUGAAAUAUAUUCUGUCAAGGUAUAAUGAAGUAUACUGCUCAAAAAAAUAAAGGGAACACUUUAAGUGUUAAACACCUGUUUAAGUGUUCCCUUUAUUUUUUGAGCAGUGUACAUUGAUUCAGUAGAGUGCUGUAUCAUUACAAAGAUGUUUUUUUCCUUUGAUAUAAGUCUCUCUAUACACAUUGUUUGUUUUGUGUUUAAAGACAUGUCUAUGUUGCUGGUUGGUUGAUGCUUAAUUGUUUUUGGUAUAAUAAACUGACUUUUGAGAGUAAACAAGAUUUUUUUUCCUUCAAUCUACUCUUUUUCAUUCAAAACCUUUGUUUAUGUCAACAUGUGACAUGUUCAUGUUAGACUGUAAACGAAUGAAAUAAACACAUUUUAGCUAACCUUGCAUGAUGUAUUUCACAAUGUGAAGCUUUCUAGUGAGAAACUGUUUUGUUCUAUGAGUAUUUAUGUUAAACAAAACUGGUCAGAUGUAAGAUUAUAUGAACAACCAUGGUUAUAUGCCCCAUUUCAUGAUUUUAUUUCCUUUAUGUAUUAAAAUAAAAUGUCCAAAUGACAAACUA